AGCGCCUCCCCAGCCUCACUGUGCAGUUGUCCCUGUCCCUAGACCCAGCCGGUGAGUGACACCCAGGCACGGAAAGGGCCAGAGCCAUGUGGACCCUCGGAACCCUGCUUCUGCUGCUGGCCUCCUGUCUGACAGCAGGUGGGAACCCAGUCCCAACACCUCCCGACGACGACAUCCAAGUGCAGGAGAACUUUGACCUCUCUCGGAUCUACGGGAAGUGGUUCAACGUGGCCAUUGGCUCCACCUGCCCCUGGCUGAAGAAGUUCCAGAGCAGGCUGUCUAUGAGCACGCUGGUCCUGGGAGACGGGGCCACCGACACAGAGAUCAGCACCACCAGCACUCGUUGGCGGAAAGGGCUCUGUGAGGAGACCUCGGGGGCUUAUCAGAAGACCAGCACUGAGGGGAAGUUCUUCUACCACAAGCCCAAAUGGAAUGUGACCCUGGAGUCCUACGUGGUGCACACCAACUACGAUGAGUACGCCAUUUUCCUGACCAAGAAAGUCAGCCGCCAUGGACCCACCGUGACCGCGAAGCUCUACGGGCGGCAGCCGCAGCUCCGGGACAGCCUCGUGGAGGACUUCAGGGACUUUGCUCUGAGCAUGGGGAUCCCCGAAGACUCCAUCUUCACCACGGCCGACAGAGGUAGCCAGCACCCCCACCCACAGACAGAGAACAGAGACCACCGUAUCUUUCUCCCCGGUGUGACCUGUGCAUUUGGACUGUCUCCUCGGUGGUUAGCAGCCCAGCGCCCACGGUGCCAUGAGGACCCAGGGACACCUUGCGGCAAGGUUGCAGCACCAUCUCUAAUAGCUGCUUCUCCUUCUCCCGGCCAGAGAGCCCGGCGGGCUGUGCUACCCCAGGAGGAGGAGGGCUCAGGGGCCGGACAGCCAACACCCGACUUCAACAAGAAGGAAGAUUCCUGCCAGCUGGCGCCCGCAGCGGGGCCCUGCCUGGGGCUGAUCAACAGGUACUUCUACAACACCUCGUCCAUGGCCUGCGAGGUCUUCCAGUAUGGCGGCUGCCUGGGCAAUGGCAACAAGUUUGCCUUGGAGAAGGAGUGUCUGCAGACCUGCCGGACCGUGGCGGCCUGCAGCCUCCCCAUCAUCAGCGGCCCCUGCAGGGCCUCCAUGGAGCUCUGGGCAUUCGAUGCUGCCCAGGGGAAGUGCGUGCUCUUCUCCUACAGCGGUUGCCAUGGGAACGGCAACAAGUUCUACUCUGAGAAGGAGUGCAAAGAGUACUGCCGUGGGCCUGGCGGAGACGAUGAGGAGCUGCUUCGAGUCACCAACUGAGGCAGGCCACGGGCCCGGGGGCCAGCAGUCAACGUCCAUGCUGGCACGCCAGGCGGGGACACCGGACUCCAAUAAAGAGCUGAUGAACCCUGA